AUGCCAAGAAAAGGCCCCGUGCACUGCUACUCCUUCUGUGUCAUUUUGAGUGACAGCGGUGGGUAUGACCACGUGGCAGUGUGCGAUCCAGGGAAAGAAAUAAGUUUGGUGGCGCGCAGGGAGCAAAGGCCGGUGAGCCGCUGGCUGGAGGAAGGUCUAACGCGCCGUGUCUCACAGGUCUGCUCUGCGGACGGCGACGCCAAACCCCUGAUCUUCACCUUCGUCCCCACGCUCAGAAGACUUCCGACCCACACUCGCUGCGUUGACACCUCCCAGUUCCUUGUCCGAAUUCCCGGCGACCACAGCCCAGAAACUGUGAAUCGGCCCGGCCCGGCCGCCGCCCUGAGCCCCGGCCCUGCGGUUCAGCGAGACUCAGCGCCCGGCCGCUGCGUGCCCAGCGCGGCCCUCGAAGCUCGGGGGAUGCAGCUCGGCGACGUGUUCCAGGCCCGCUGCGUCCUCAUUGUGGACUCCGAAGGGGAGGAUGAGGCCCCCGACCCCGCGCUGCCCGGGCCUCUGCCCAGGGCCUCCUCUGAUGUGGUCCGCCCCAAGGCCCCGGGGCCCCGGCCCAAUGCCCCUGGCCCAACGCCCAAGCAGCCAUACAAGACCACGUCGAGCUACAAGGCCUUUGCAGCCAUCCCUACAAACACCCUGCUCCUGGAACAGAAGGCGCUGGAUGAACCAAUCAGGACCGAGAAUGUCUCCAAGGACAGCGUGUUAGGCCUUCCUGUGGAGUUGUGUUCUCCCGCACAGCUGAGGCAGCAAACGGAAGCAGUCUGUGCUGCCAUCGAUAAGGUCUUACAGGAUUCCUUGUCUAUGCAUUCUCCUGAUUCUCCUUCAAAGUCCCUAAAGAUAAUGUUGGGUUCUGAAACAAUCAAAACUCCGACAACUGUUCCAAGAGCAGCUGGUCGAGAAACCAAGUAUGCAAACCUUUCUUCAGCAUCCUCGGGGGCUUCUGAGAGUCAGCUGACUAAACCUGGAGUAAUUCGACCAGUACCUGUAAGAUCCAGAAUAUUACUGAAGAAUGAGGAGGAAGUGUACGAGCCCAACCCGUUCAGCAAAUACCUGGAGGACAGCAGCAACCUCUUCUCUGAGCAGGGCCUGACCGUCCCUCCCCAGCGCGUCUCGCUCCAUCCUCUGUAUCAGACUAAGCUCUACCCUCCUGCUAAGUCCCUGCUGCAGCCUGCGCCUCCCUCUCGGGCUGACGGCCUCACCCCGGGACCCUUCAGCCACCUGUCCUCCUCCUCCUUGCGGGACGAGUGGCAGAACCCACACCUGCUGCUCGGCCUCGGCGCUUACCACAAGCCCAUGAAGAAAGAGUCAUCCCUUCUGCGUAUCCAGGCCAUCUUUGCCAGGAGUCACAGCGCCCGUAGAGCCGCAGGCUUCUCCUCAGUCUCUCUGAGUUGA